AUGCAUUCUCUACCGCAUGAUAGGUUCGGACUGAGUGUGCUCAUUGACAUCUUAAUCUAGGACUUCAAACUGACAGCCUGUCCGUUGCCGUAACAAGUGAAAGACAGUGAUCGAGAAAGCGCUCAAUGUCGCGUUUGCGCCCCUUCCGCGCGAAGGAUCUGUUCCAAUUCAACAAUGUCAAUCUCGAUAAUUGGACUGAGACUUACUCAAUAUCUUUCUACCUCAACUACAUUUCGCAGUGGCCCGAUCUGUGCUUCACACAGAUCGCAGCCUCAGGGAGGACAAUGGGCUAUGUCAUGGGGAAAGGUGAAGGAAGGGAUGACAAGAAGACUAGAGUCAAGGAAAGACAUGGACAUGUCACGGCUAUCACGGUGGCUCCAGAAUAUCGAAGGCUCGGUCUCGCGGAUGGCAUGAUGAAGCUGCUAGAAGAUAUCAGCGCAAGCGUAUAUCAAGCCUACUUUGUCGACCUGUUCGUCCGGCCGAGUAACAAGACAGCCGUAGGGAUGUAUGAGAAACUAGGAUAUAGCGUCUACAGAAGGGUCACAGAAUACUACCACGGUGGAGGAUUGAAUGGUAAAGACGAGGAUGGCUAUGAUAUGCGAAAAGCCAUGCCCCGGGAUACAAAGAAAGAGACGGUCCGAGACAACGGACGAGAUUAUGCGAUCAGUCCCGAGAUGACCGCCUUCCAACCUGCCCGGCGCUUUGAGUUAGAAUAACUGGCUACAUGUCGGCCAAGCCGAUUGAGGCUUAAUAAGCAGCCUGGAGAGUAUGUAUCAUACUGUAACAACAGCUCCACUGGGAUCACGCC